AUGCAGCGCUGCGGAAGCGCGGCGCGGGGCGGGCGGCCCCGGGGGGGUGCGGGUGUCCCCCGACGACGCCUCACGCCCCGCCGCUCCCCCGCAAAGCCCUUUCCGCCGCCGCUGCCGAAGGGCCACGGGGCGCGGGACGUCGAAGGGCCGCGGGUCGGGAAGAGCGGCGGCGGGAGGAGCGCGACGGGGAACAGCAUCCUGGGGCGGGCGGCCUUCGAGUCGCGGCUGUCCACGAGCGCGGUGACGCAGAGGAGCGAGCGGCAGAGCGGCUCGUGGAGGGGUUACCGCGUGCACGUGGUGGACACGCCGGACGCCUUCGACUCGCCGGAGCGCAGCGCCCGGUGCCUCCGCGAGGUCGCCCGCUGCGCGCUGCUGUCGGCGCCGGGGCCGCACGCGCUGCUGCUGGUGACGCAGCUGGGCCGCUUCACGCAGGAGGACGAGGCGGCCGUCCGGCAAGUGUGGCGGCUGUUCGGGCGCGGCGCCGCCAAGCGCACCGUCGUGGUCUUCACGCGCGGGGACGAGCUGACGGGCGGCUCCCUUGUGCGGCACGUGGAGGACACCGGCACCGCCGCGCUGCGGGAGCUGCUGCGCCCGCUACCGGAACGAGCUCUACGACCGCACGCUGUUGGAGUGGGCGCAGAGUUUGGGGAGAUCCCCGAAUGUGGCAUGGAGAGAGUGGAGGAUAUGGGGCCAGCCUCUGAUGAUCUGCAUUAUUGCUUAUUACAGCCAAUCUGCCCGCGGGGGCAGAGCCACGGGGCAGAGGCGGUGCUGGUUGGGGCGAUAUCGGAACCAGACGGGGCCGCUGCGUCAGUGCCGCACUUCUCACUGCCGGUCCGACGGCUCGGGCUGACGGGAGGCUGCAGCGUCCGUGCCUGGAGGAGCGCAAAGAAAGGGCCCUGCUGGAGCUGUCUGUGCUGCAGCGUUACCGGCUGGGCAGCUGAUGGAGCCCUGCACCUCCGCUUGUGUCCCUGCAGCACAACCACGGCCACUCGACGCAUCCCUGUGCUGCCUGGGGACGGCAGAGGCUCCACAAUGCGGCUGCUGCUGGUCGGGAAGACUGGAGGGGGGCGAAGCGCCACAGGGAACACCAUCCUGGGGUGGCACGUCUUCGAGUCCAAGCUGUCCACCAGACCGGUGACCCGCAGCUGCCAGUCAGCGAUUGGGCAAUGGGAUGGAGAGGAAAUCGUGGUGGUCGACACGGCCGACAUCUUCCAUUCGUGGAAUGGCAGCAAUGAGGAGUGCAGGGAAAUCACCCACUGCAUCAAGCUGUCCUCGCCCGGCCCCCACGUGCUGCUGUUGGUCACCCAGCUGGGCCGCUUCACCCAGGAGGACCAGGAGGCCGUGCGGGGCGUGCAGGACAUCUUUGGAGUCGGUGUGUUCAAGCACAUGGUUGUUGUGUUCACCCGGGGAGAGGAGCUGGUGGGGGGAUCGCUGCAUGACUACGUGACCUACACUGACAACGUGGCUCUGCGCAGGCUGAUCCAGAGCUGCCAGAAUCGGUACUGCAGCAUCAACAACCGAGCUUCCGGGCCAGUGCGGGACCAGCAGGUCCAGCAGCUGAUGAAUAUGAUCCGCCAAACCAUGCGGGAGAAUGAGGAAAGGUGGUACAGCAAUGAGUUGUACCUGAAUUCCUAUUUAACAGAAGAGAAAGUGAGGUAUCACAUGGAGAAUGCAGCCAAACCAUGGGGCAGGCUGCUCAACUUGUCAUACAGGGGAGUCCUUUUAAAAUGUGGGAUAGUUCUCAUUGUCAUCGCUUUGAUUGUCAUCGGUGUCCUUAUUUGGUGGGAGAGAUAAUCGGGUGAAUCCCAUAAUGCACAGUCCCCCACUAUCAGAAUCCCAGAACCCUGAAGCACUUGGGGCCGCAGGCACCGCUCCAUCCCCACCCGCCGCCAUCCCCCAGCACCCGCUGCCCUUUGGCUGUUGCACCUCUGCAGGGACAGAGAGCCCACCGUCAUGCAGGGCCACGAGGGGCUGCAGGUCCACGAACUGUCAACAAGAAGUGUCCUGUAAGUGUCCCUUGUGCUCCCUGUGGGUUAAUUACACACUAAAACCAACACCCAUCUCUGCGGAAAGGUGAUCAGAAUGAGCCAGCUGCUAUCCCCUCCCAAAUGCAGUCUUGGAACCCCUUGUAUGCCUGCCCAAAGAUGUAUCAAAAUACCCAAUUAGAGACUGUAGAGAGAUAUAAUUUUGUAAACUGUCAUGUAAGGAUAACUGCACUUCUGUUUGGGGCUGUGCUUGCUUUGGGAAGGAUCACCAGACGCCUGAUUGUGACAGAAA